GUAGCGUAUUACAGCCGACCAGCCUCCGCCGACUGCCGGCACGUUUUGGUUUUGCUGACGGGGGGGAGACCGUACUCGGCCGUCUCGUAUAGGUAAACGCCGCGUCGGGAGGGGGGGGGCAGCUGGAAUAACACCGCGGGUGGACCUUUAGCCAAAGUUUAAAGGGAUUUUAAAGUGCAGGAACACAUGGAGGAUCCUGCGGAUUCCGGCGGCGGCGGCGCCGCAGCGGAGGCCCCCGCGAUGCAGGUGGCGGACAUCCGCUGGCCGAGCGCGGCUCCGCCGCUGCGGCUGGUGGAGUGGAAAGUCAAACCCGGGUCCCUGGUCAACGUGGACUCCGUGCUGGCGUUGUGCGCGCCCGUCCGCGCGGAGAAAGAGGCCGAGGCGACGUCGCGCGACCCCUCCAGCAGGCUGCCGGAGAAGAAGGUGAAGUCGGACCGCGCCGGAGUGAUCAGGGAGCUGUGUUGUCAGCUCGGACAAGUCAUACCUCCCGGGGGUGUCAUCGUCAGAGUAGAAGAAUGCAGCCACCCGAUUGUCAUGAAGGGUUUGUGUGCUGAAUGUGGCCAGGACCUGACACAGCUACAGGGUACGAAUGGCAAUCAGCAAGUGCCCAUCUCCACGGCAACCGUCUCCAUGGUGCACAGUGUUCCUGAGUUGAUGGUCAGCUCAGAGCAAGCAGAGCAGCUAGGCAGGGAGGACCAGCAGAGACUACACAGGAACAAGAAGCUGGUCCUAAUGGUGGAUUUGGACCAGACACUGAUCCACACCACUGAGCAGCACUGUCAGCGGAUGUCCAACAAGGGGAUUUUCCACUUCCAGCUCGGGCGGGGAGAGCCCAUGCUCCACACACGACUGCGCCCACACUGCAAGGAGUUCCUGGAGAAAAUCGCUAAACUCUAUGAGUUACACGUCUUCACGUUCGGAAGCCGCCUCUAUGCACACACGAUUGCAGGCUUUUUGGACCCUGAGAAGAAGCUUUUCUCUCAUCGAAUCCUUUCGAGAGACGAGUGCAUCGAUCCCUUCUCCAAGACUGGGAAUCUUAGGAACCUUUUCCCAUGCGGCGACUCGAUGGUCUGCAUAAUUGAUGACCGAGAGGACGUGUGGAAGUUUGCACCGAACCUCAUCACUGUGAAGAAAUACAUCUACUUCCAGGGCACAGGUGACAUCAAUGCUCCGCCGGGGUCACGGGAAGCCCAGAUGGCGAGGAAAGGUGGCACGCUGAGGCCCGCAGAUAGUGCAGAACCAGCAGGUCCAGCAGGCAUGUCUGGAACUGAGGAGCAAAAUAAUGGCCUCAAGAGAAGAGGAAAGGAUCACAACAAUGGCGGAAAGGAUGAGACGAAAACAUUGCCUUCUACUCAGGGAGCACCGGCAAAUGAACGGACACAUCCCAUUGGGGUUGAAAAUGACCAGCAGAGUCAAGGGCUUGAUGCUGAGGCUGAGUCUCAAGCAGGUUCAGUAGAAACAGAGGUGAGUGACAUAGCAAAUGUUAAGGAACAGGACAGCACUAGGACAGUGGGGACACGAGACCCCCCGGUUGGGGAAAAAUCAGACACACCAGGCCAUGAGGCCAACAACCUGGACUUUGACCUCUCCAGUGACAGUGACAGUGAUUCCAUUACAGAGAAGCGUCACUCAUCGGAGAGUGACAGUGAGGGAAAGUCUAGCCAGCCACAGAAGUUGAAGCAGGAAUGCCUGGCACAAGAGCCCAUCGGUGGGGAGGGGGCGAGUGAAGGAGACAGCAAAGAUAAGGUGGAAGGGGAGAACAGCUCUGACUUAGGAGAGCCUUCGGGAGUUCUUCUCCUAGACUCUGAGUUGGGAAAUGGCUGCUCUGACAAGAGGGAGGCAGAAACGGAGUCCCAGAACAGCGAACAGUCGGGGGUGACCAUGGGCGAGGAGUCGCUGGACCAGAGCAUGGAGGAUGAGGAAGAUGAAGAGGAGGAGGAGGGUGAAGCUGACAAUGACCAAGACGAUCACCUGAUCUACCUUGAGGAGGUGCUGGAGAGGAUCCACGCUGAGUACUACGCCCGUUACGAGACUUACUUGAAGAAGGAGGCCACCGAGACACCAGACAUCCGCAAGAUUGUCCCAGAGUUGAAAAGUAAAGCCCUGGAGGGGACCACCAUUGUGUUCAGUGGCCUGUACCCUACUAACUACCCAAUGGAGAGAACCCGCGAGUCCUACCAUGCCAAGGCACUUGGGGCCAAAAUUGGAAAGAACCUGGUGCUCAGCUCCAAAGACCCCAACCAGACAACACACCUCAUUGCAGCAAGGGCAGGGACUGAGAAGGUACGUCAAGCACAAGGCUGCAAUCACCUCCAUGUGGUCAACCCUGACUGGCUGUGGAGCUGUCUGGAGCGCUGGGAGAGGGUAGAGGAGCAGCUCUACCCUAUGAAGGAGGACUACUCCAAGACGCCACGGAGCAACAGUCCAGCCACGUUCCUUGAUAAUCAGGGGAUCUUUCAGAACCCAAUCUUCCACCCGGUGCCCAUUCAGCACAAAGCUUCUCCGCCGGCCCCUGAAGUGCGGACCUAUGACGCAGUUACAGGGAAAUUGAUCCGGAGGGGUCCUCAGGCCUCACGGCCACCGUCUUACCUCCAGGCUUCAGGGCAGCUCUCUGAUCACCGGGAGCAGUCUCCUCUCAGGGGAACUCAGAAGGGUCUGCAGGAUGAGACUGCAGGGCCCAGCCGAGAUGACGAGCAGCCGGGGCCGUCGCGGCGGAAACGGCAGCCCAGCAUGUCGGAGACCAUGCCUCUCUACACACUCUGCAAGGAGGACCUGGAGAGUAUGGACAAAGAAGUGGACGACAUCCUAGGUGAGGAGAGCGACAAUGAGAGUGAGGGGCGAGGGAAGGAGAAAGCGGGGGAUGAGGAGGCGGAAGAUGAUGAGGAGCAGCCGCUGCUAGGAGCUGGGCAGAGCACAACAGGAGGGCACGGCCCUCAGUCACUGACGGAGGGGAUCCAGACACCAGCCAGUGAGGCCAGUCCGACGGGUAGUGUGCCAAGGGGGCACAAACGCAAGCUGGACGAAGCUGAGGAAGAGGAGGAGGAGGAGGAGGCGAACGCCAGGGAGAAGGACGAAGCCGAGGACUCGGCCGACGAGUCGUCCAAGGACUCCAACGAGGAAGAGGAGGGCAACAGCUCGGAGGCAGACGAGAUGGCUGCCGCCUUAGAGGCGGAGCUCAAUGACUUCAUGUGAAAACGAGAUAGGAGAAAUCAAACCUGUGGGCUCUGUCACAGAGAACGACACCGCAAAGCAGUCCGACGAAAAGUUGGGAGUCGCAGCUCAGAUUGCCCCUCUAGUAGGAGCGGUACCUAAAUAUCUUAUUUUUCUCUGCUUUGGAGUCUGUGGUGGUUGGGGGGGGGGUGCUGUAAUAAAAAUGAAUGUCCUGUACAGAAUCGAGUGUCGUUCGACAUGGAGCUGUGUAAAUACUGGCGGCCUAGAGGGCUUUUUAGAGUUGUAAUAGAGGCUUUGCGGCAGAAACUCUUUUUCGAUGUUAACAUUUUAUCGUGCGAUUACUUUGAAGACAUUGGAUUUUGAUACGUCUCCGGUUUCCUUUUUCUAUUUGGAUUUUUUUAUAUAAAUUAGAAAGAUAAAUAAAAACUACAAACACAAAACAAAAAAAAACCGCUGCUGGAAUUAUAUGCCAAAGAGUUUGGAGUCGUUUCACCAAGGCCUGCAUCUAAACAUGUAGCUUUUUUCAUUUUAUUUUAUUUAUUUUUUUUGUUUUUUGUGGUUUUCUUUUUGGUUGGUUUGUUUGUUUGUUUGUUGUUGUUUGGGGUUUUUUUGUUUGGUUUUUUUGUUUGGUUUUUUUUUUUGGCCCGUGCUAGUUUUAGGGGUGAUUAUCGCAACCGGCAGAUAAAGAAUUUGGAUUGGUUUUUUUUGUUUUUGUUUUUGUUUUGUUUUUUGUGUUCUGGUUCCCAGGUCUGUUCUUCAUAGUACUUUUGACACAAAUGCCCCUUUUCCACCACAUGAUACCGGCUCAACUCGACUGGCUGUGUCGUUUUCCAUUACCGUCACAGCCCCCCCCCCCCAGUUUAACCAGGUGUCACUAUGACACCUGGUUAAACUGCAAAAUGUACUUUUUUGGAGGGGGGGGGGUUCCCCCUUUUUCUCCCCAGUUGUAUCCGGCCAAUUACCCCACUCUUCCGAGCCUGCUCCACCCCCUCUGCUGAUGCGGGGAGGGCUGCAGGCUACCACAUGCCUCCUCCCAUACAUGUGGAGUCGCCAGCCGCUUCUCUUCACCUGACAGUGAAGAGUUUCACCAGGGGGAUGUGGCGCGUGAGCCCCCCCCCCCGAACAGGCGCCCCAACCGACCAGAGGAGGCGCUAGUGCAGCGAGAUAAGAUAACUCCGCUUCGACCGCUUCGGUAUUUAAAAAUGCCAGGUGAUAUCUUUUUUCUUUUUUUUUCCCUUUCCAAUUUUCUCCCCAAUUUGUAUCCGGCCAAUUACCCAGCUCCUCUUGAGCCGUCCCGUUCGCCGCUCCACCUCCUCUCCGCUGAUCCGGGGAAGCCCCGACCGACCAGAGGAGGCGCUAGUGCAGCGACCAGGACACAUACCCACAUCCGACUUCCCACCUGCAGACACGGCCAAUUGUGUCUGUAGGGACGCCCGACCAAGCCGGAGGUAACGCGGGGAUUCGACCCGGCGAUGCCGCGUUGGUAGGCAACGGAAUAGACCGCUACGCCACCCGGACGCCCCUAAUGCCAGGCGAUAUCCCAUGCGCGCGUUGAUGACGCAGCGACGCGUUUCUCCGACCAAUCAGAGGUCUGCGUUGAUUUUGGUACCCGCUCCAUUGUUCUUGGAACCUCGACAAAAGGUGGUACCAGAAAAGUGGUAACAGUUACCCAAAUGCCGGGACUUCCCACUAAUGGAAAACGAAAAAAAAGGGCGGGGCGAGUCGAGUCGAGCCGGUACCAUGUGGUGGAAAAGGGGCGCGAGUGAGCUCCCGAGCCCCUGAUAUCAAACGGCCCCUUGGUGCACUAUCACUGUGAGUCCGGUUCAGCUUUCUGCUCACGGUCACUUAGUCUCAUCCGGCAGCGGAGGUUAUGAACGAGAUGCACUGUGACGUAACGCAUUGUUUAAUGCUGAUUACUCCCCCUCCCCCCAUCGUUCUAAUAUGUGUACCGAUGCCGUCAAAUAUUAAUAUCCAGCAGCCACGAUCAUUAUGCCAACUCCUCUGUAUAUGAGCUCAUUACUGUUGGAGCCUCUUUCUUUUCUUUUUUUUUCUUUUUUUUUUUUGUUGCAUGGUGGGUUCGUGUGACGUCAUCACAUCAAUUCUUAGUUUAAACGCGAGCACUCGCCUGGAUCACUGUGUUUGGUCAGCCCCGACCACGUGUGUCACCCAGCUGGCGCAGAGUGCCGCGAAGCCGCUCAUGUACAAGAGUCCAGCAAAGACUAGAAGUACACUUCUUUAUUUCUGUCACGUGACACAACUGUCCAGUCUUCACCCGCGUGCAAGUUCCUGUUUUCAAGACUCUCCUGAAACUCAUCCUCACCGAAACGCGAUCUGGGGUGGGACCCGGUGAACAAACCGCACACCCCUGUCAGCUGUCCCAUCAAUUAAACCACGAGCGCCGAGUCCAGUCUGACCCCGCGUGUCUUUCUCCGCUCUGUGCUCGAGCGGAAACCAGCGCACCGUUGCAAAUCGUGUUUCAUAGUGUGCGUGCGUGCGUGCGUGUGCGACCAUUUCUGCCACUGUCCAGUGUCACCUGCUGUAGCCGACAAUUAACAAAAAAAAUCCCCAAAAAAUAGGAUUCCUUCUGAAUAGCUUCCGCAUCUGUUGUUUCUGAUUUGUGUUGUUGUAGUUUGUCACCAUUUGCAUUGAAAAGACUGAUGUGUAAAGUAUUUGUACAGUCUAUUUCCUACUUGACCCUGAAAACAGACACUUUUCAGUAAUAAAGAUGUG